AUGAAGAGCGAGCGAAUACCUACCAGCUUCGGAGGGCUUCUUGUUCUCAAGGUUGCAAUGAGCAAAAGAAAUCAUGAAGAUCAUGAAAAGCACGGUUCCUCACGCAAACAUCGACGGAAUAGCCGCUCACGUUCACAUGAUAAAGACAAAGAACUGCGCAUUCAAAUGAAGCCUUUGAUGCUUUCUUCAGAUAAUGAAUUAACUCGACAAAAUGAGAUUAGCUACAUCGAAGGUUCAAGUUUCACACAGAAAAGUUUCUCUUCUUCGCGUAAACAAGACACACUACUGAAUCCGGAUUCACAUUCACGGUCGAUAGGUGUCAAUUCAGGUCAAUACUCCUCAAUGAUUUUGGAAAGAGCACACGAAGCGGCUAUAUUUGGUCAUUCUUCAGUUCCUUUACCUUCCAUUCUUGGUACAGAUCCAGCUGAGGGCAAAGAUAAACUAGUUUCUUCUGUGGAUACAGUGAAGCAACUACUUCAUCAUUCGCUGGAUAAAUCCGAUCCUUCCACAUGGGAUGCUUGGUUGUUGAAACUUGCUGAAUUUAAGGCACAGACAAAAGUUUUUAAAGAAGUGAUUUUUCCACUACGUGAACGUGUAUUUCAACGUUUUUCACUUAGUUUUACAUGUUUCCCUUCAUUUUACACUAUGACGGAUUCUUCAAAUGUUUUCAAUAAUUUCGAUAAUAAACCUGAGUUCCUAACACUCAUAAAAUCGAUUAUAAAGAAGGAUGAUGCAAAUCGAUUGCUAGCAGUAUUAAAUAAUCUUAGUCAAGAUACCGCUACUUUAAAUACCACUGACAAUAAUAAAUGUAACGAAAUAGAAAACAAACUGUUUGAUUUUGAGCAUACAGAUCUUGGAUAUGAAAACUUAUUGCAUCUUGCAGUUUUAUAUCAUGCUUCCGCUUGUAUUCAAAUCUUAAUCAAUCCACCAUAUAUGUGGAGUCCAUAUUACGUGAAUAAAAAUGGGGAAAGUGCUAUGCAACUAGCUGAACAACAAGGAUGUUUUAAAUUGCAAUAUAUAAUGGCAGCAAAUUCACCAGAAAAUUUUUUUGUUACUCCUGAAUUCUCACUCCGAUCAGUUUCAUCGCUUUUAAUUUAUCCACAAGCAUUCAUUACAGAACCAUUUUCUUAUAGUGAGCUUUUCAAUUGGAGUAACUAUGAUGUUAUGCCUGGUAGUGCAGUUGAAUACCUGAACAAUAGAAUAAUUGGUCAAUAUAGAUCAGUUCAUAAUUUAUCAUUGCUUUUUGAAUUGAUAAUUGCAACUCCAGAAAUUUGUCCUACAAUAUUAUCAGAUAUAAAUGAAAUACGUAAAAUAUUAAAUGAUAUUAAGAAAUAUUAUGAAAAUUAUAAUAGAACAUUAGAUGAUAAAUGCCGAUAUGCUAUGGAACUGCAUUUUUUAACUAUUUUUUCUGAACAUAUGACAGUAACGCAUAAAUGGGAAGAAAUAUGGAAUAGAUUAUUUUAUACGUGGUUAUUUUAUCGUACAGUAAUUAAAAAUAAAAAGAAUAUCAAAUGGAAUGACAUCAAUACUUACAUGUACAUUCAACAACCAUUUGAAUUACAAGCUAUUUGUCGUAUUUCAUUGAGAAGAUAUGCAGUAAAACAAACAGGUGUCAACUACGCUUAUUUCGUCAAACAUUUGGACUUACCAAUACACUUGGAAAAUUACCUACUCUAUAGUGAAUACUGGUAUCUUUGAAAAUUCAGAAACCAAAGUCAUACUAACACAUAAAAAAUUAUAUUUACAGAUAUCCUUGAAUUUUGUACAUGUUUCAUACUGACAUACACAAUGUAAAUACCGAUUAAUCUCUAAAGUAA